GCGCAGCUGCCGGCACUAAACUCAGGGCUCGAGGGUUGAUGAGCUUCUCUUGUGAACCGUUUCCCUACGGCAAGGGAGUGGAGGGCGACCCUCUUCGGGCUGCGUGCUUGUGAUAGGAAAGCUGUAGGCCAGAAGGACCAUAGUAAAGGAAGUCUGGGGACCGGUAGCUCUGCCCUCAGGCGUCACUAACCCAAAGUCGCGUCUGGUCCCAGGCUGUGGAGAUGGGGGUGCCAGAGAAAUAGAUGAUGCCCAAGCUCUUGAAGAACCUAUAUCUAGAUGACAGGCAGUCCUCAUCCUCCUGGCCCCAAAUUUCUGCUGCUUCAGGGACAUCUGGAACUGGGGUCAGGGCUUAGGAGAAGUAACAGCUGGACAUGCUGCCCAUGCAUCUCUCAGAAAUCUCCCUUACAGACAAUAGGUGAAGAACAAACCCAGAAUCCCUACACUGAACUGCUUGUACUGAAAGCUCAUCAUGAUAUUGUACGGUUUCUGGUACAGUUAGAUGAAUACAGGUUUGCAUCUGCUGGUGAUGAUGGAAUUGUAGUUGUGUGGAAUGCCCAGACAGGAGAAAAACUUCUGGAACUUAAUGGGCACACUCAGAAGAUAACAGCCAUUAUUACAUUUCCUUCCUUGGAAGUUUGUGAAGAAAAGACUCAACUGAUCUUGACAGCCUCUGCUGAUAGAACAGUUAUUGUAUGGGAUUGUGAUACUGGCAGACAAGUUCAGAAAGUAUCAUGCUUCCAGUCUACUGUAAAGUGCUUAAUUGUUCUUCAGAGACUAGAUAUUUGGCUCUCUGGUGGGAAUGACCUAUGUGUGUGGAACCGAAAGUUAGAUCUCCUAUGUAAGACCAGCCACCUUUCUGAUACAGGGAUCAGUGCUUUGAUUGAAAUACCUAAGAACUGUGUUGUGGCAGCAGUUGGCAAAGAACUGAUAAUUUUCAGGUUGGUAACACCAACAGGAGAAUCACUGGAAUGGGAUAUUCUUGAAAUUAAGCGCCUCCUUGAUCACCAGGAUAAUAUUCUCUCCUUGGUUAAUGUCAAUGAUUUGAGUUUUGUAACUGGCUCCCAUGUUGGAGAAAUGAUCAUCUGGAAUAUUCUGGACUGGACAGUGCAGGCCCGUGAAUGCAACUUCUGGGACCCAUCUCCACAGCUGGACACCCAACAAGAAAUAAAACUCUGUCAAAAACCUAAUGACAUUUCUAUUCAUCACUUCACAUGGGAUGAAGAGAAUGUAUUUGCUGCCGUUGGAAGGGGUUUAUAUGUGUAUAACCUUCAAAUGAAGCGUGUGAUUGCUUGCCAGAAAACUGCCCAUGACUCCAGUGUCCUGCACAUUGCCAAACUUCCAAACAGGCAGUUAAUCUCAUGCUCGGAAGAUGGCAGUGUACGCAUUUGGGAGUUAAGAGAAAAACAGCAGCUUGCAGCUGAACCUGUACCAACAGGUUUUUUUAACAUGUGGGGAUUUGGAAGAGUAAACAAACAAGCCAGCCAACCUGUUAAAAAGCAACAGGAAAAUGCCACUCCGUGUUCAUUGGAGCUUAUUGGAGAUUUGAUUGGACACUCCUCAUCUGUGGAGAUGUUUCUGUACUUUGAAGAUCAUGGAGUAGUGACUUGUUCUGCUGAUCAUCUCAUUAUUUUGUGGAAAAAUGGAGAAAGAGAAUCUGGAUUGCGCAGUUUAAAAUUAUUUCAAAAGCUGGAGGAGAAUGGUGACUUACAUCUUGCUGUGUAGUUGAAGGAAUUUGGAAUACUUGUGCAUGAACCUUGAACAUCAAAUAUAGGGUAAUACUCAAAUUUGUAUUGUAUUAUUUAUUUUUUAGUAAUCUCCACACCCAGUGUGGGGCCUGAACUCAAAACCCUGGGGUCAAGAGUCAUAUGCUAUAAUGACUGAGCCAGCCAAGUGCCCCUUAUAAUGUAUUACUUUUUCUUGUUACUCCAUAAAAUUCUGGUUGAAUUUUUUUUUUUUGGUGGGCCUGCAAACCAGCAGCAACUUGCUUCUCAGGUAUUUAACUUAAGAAAUGGGUCUAAUUUUAGCAGUGAAUUUUCAAAAGUACUCAGAUCAGAGCACAAAUAUUGGUUGAUACAGAACUAAAUUAUACAUGGCAUCUGUAUAGAAAAUUUUUUAAAUUCUAUACCACAAAUUGUAUGAGCUUAUGUUUAACAAAGAAAAGUGCUCGGACCUCUCCCUCCCUUUAUUUAGCAUACUUUUGUUGCCUCUACAUUACUACCCAAAAUUAAUUUUUUUAAAAGGUACGUGUACUUUUUUUGUUGGUGGUGCCAAAUCAUUUUUUGUUUUAGUUUACUACAAUUCCUCUAAACUCAGAUCAACAGGAAUCUUAUCAGGGUAUAUUCCCCCCCUGCCCCCAGCCAAAUACCUGUUAGCUAGAUUGGUACUAGACCAGCACCUGCCCCUCAUAUAGGCCAGGGAUGACAGCUAGGUCACUAAAGACUUCUGUCGCAGGUCAGAGACGGUGAGCCCAAAGUGCUUGAUUUGUCUUACCAUUGCUUCAGAUAGGAAAUACUUGAGAAUGACUUCAUUUGUGUAGUUACUUGCAGUGACCACUCAGAUUUAAGGUUGCUGGGGUGAGGAAGAUGAUUAAAACAGAAUACUUGCCUCCCUUUGGGUACUAAAGAAUAAAAAUGUAAAAAGAAAAGUGGGUGACCCUUCCCCUUGCUGCUGACUCAUGUGUUCAUCCCAUACAGCCUAAAUGGAAUCUUUAUAAACUGUCAUUUCCCCAACCAUCCACAGAUGAAAAGACCUAAAGUCAUCUGUGCCACACCAGUGCCCUAAUAUUAGGAAUGAGUAAAGGCAAGCGAUACUAUUAUUUUUAAUUCACAAUGAAAAUAGCUUUAUGGAGAAAUAUAUUAAAAUCUCUCUGCCAGCUUUCUAAGUUUUCAUCCUAAAGUUAGAGCAUGAGUAGUAUCCCUAAACCAGGCAGACAUGCAUUCUAGUCUUAGUGCAUCAUAUUGUUUAUCACUUCAGUUAAGUGUCUCCAAGUCAUUUUCAGGCUUUUAAAUUUUCCUCUAUAGAUGGACUUUCUUCCAUUACUAGCUAGCUUUUUCUUUGGAAAUUCUACAUGAGGUCUUGAGUUGUGUAAGACCUCUUCAAUGAAUUAUACAAGGAAUUCAUAGAUUUUUAACUGCUUUAUUUCCUAAUAUGUUUUGGGGUAGCAUUUUCAGGUAGUAAUCUAUUCCUAUAGAGUGAUGGAAACCAUAGGUGAAAGCUCCAACUCAGAAAGAUGGGAGAUUGUAGUAACAGCCCAGACUGGACUGCUGCUAAAAAGUUGAACUUGCAACACUGUGUGCACAUAACACAAUCAAGAGCUUAGAUUUCUGAGGCACUGUAUUAUUCCUUUCUCAGCUUGAGGCUGGUUCUUUGCCCCCAAGACUAACCAGCCCUGAGUUGCUUAGACAGCAAGCCAAUUUUAUAAAGUAAAAUUGGAAAUAAAGAAUGACCUUCAUGGUACUAAGGGUCUUCUACCUGUAUUAGAUUAGAAUUUUUCUAAAUUAAUAUGGCUCCCCUUAACGCAGAAUGUUUUGGUAAACAACUAAGUAUAAAGUAUACCUUCUGAAAGACUAUAUUUCUAAUAAAUUGACUGUAUGGAGGAAUGCAAUAUUGAGUUAGCAAUUCAGAAGAUUACUCCACAAUAGAGGACACUGAUAAAGGACAUAGCUGUGUUAAAGCUUUAGUACCUGGCAGUCUUCGAGGACUUAACAUUUGAGUUCUUAUGAAAUUAAUUUAACAUUAUAAGGAGUAAGCUGUAACAUUCAUGUAGAACAUGUCAGACAUCUGAUAAAUGUUACUUACCAAAUGGAAGUGAAAGCAACAUGGUGAGGAAAAUAUUGUCCUUGCCUCAAGCAAGCUUCUGAAACCUCGGCAAAUUACAGUGGGAUUUUGACAUCCUAAACUUAAUGUGUCUGAAAACAAAGUUUGUGAUUCGUGAAAUAAAGGACACUAAAGCGAAAUUUUGAAAUAAUGAAAAGUUUAGGCCAAAGAGAUGAAAUAAAAACAGCUGUUGGGAAUGAAAAAUGGCUGUAGGAAUUUAGUUACAAGUACUUCACAAAAACAUUUUCAUCACAUUUACAUAAUGCAGCAUCACAACACAAAGCAGGCUGCUGUCCUGACCAAGCACAUUCGCUUAUCAUCUAACAAAAAUAAUUUAGAUACAUUUCUUUGCAUGGAAUUAUCAUAUAGGUUUUCAUUUUUUUGGUACAAAACAUAGAAAAAAACAUUGGCACAUUAUGUAGUGAUGUCAUUUUUUUUCUUCCCAUUUCCUAGUUUCCAGUGUUCUGCAUUCCAAUUCAGUCUCUGUUUAUACCUCUGAAAAAUGCAGCAUGGAGUACAGAGGAUUUGAAAAGAAAAUGAAGCUAUUUUGUUUACGGAGUUUCUAAUAUUUACAAUACAUAGAGAACAGGUGGCUGGUAAAAGAGAAAGGAAAAUCUCAAGUCUGACUUUAUGGAGAUCACAGAAAGUUUUCAAAAGAGCUGUAUAAAAAUAUGCACUUGUGCUUUAGAAGCUUUUAGCAUACAAUUAAUAGCUUAAAAUAGUAUUUACUGCUUCCCCUUACGUCUGUUUUCUGAUAUAUUUACACACCUUGCAGUCUUUUCUGUUUUACAUCAUUAAAGCAAAAUGGCAAGGUCUCAAAUAUAGAUUAAAAACAUCUGAACCCUGAAACUUCCCCAUCCCUCCCCAAAUACAUUAUGUAUAGAUGGUACACUGCGUAACAUACUCCAUGGACUUGUACCCAGGAAAUUCAGAUUGCUUUAAUAAAAAUUUUAAACUGUGAA